AUGAUUGAUCUGCAUGAAGCUGCUGCCGUGGGCCUGGCUGUAUUCAGCCUGGCCACCAUCCUCCUGUGGACCACGAAUCGAUGGAAGCUGCGUCGCAUCCCAGGCUUCCAUGAGUACCUGGACAUGUGCCGUCGGCAGUACGGCCGCGUGUUCAAGAUCUACCUCGGCAGCGGCGCCUUCAUUGUCGUCGCUGACCCCCAUCUCGCCCGCAAGGUCAACUAUCGGCUUAUUGACCGCUCCAUCGGCAGCCAGCUGUCAGCCGACAAGAAGGGCAGCGACAAUGACGGCCUCCUCGGCCUCGCCGCAGCCAAGGGCGAGGAGUGGCGCCAGCUCCGCAUGGCGUGGCAGCCUGCGUUUGCGUCUGGCUCCCUGGCCCACUACUCCAGCCUCAUGGACUCGUGCGCGGUGCGGCUGUGCGACACGCUGGAGGGGGCGGCCAAGGAGGGGCGCGAGGUGGACAUCUUCCGCGCCCUGGGCACCAUGACCAUGGGGGUGGUGGGCACCACUGCCUUUGGCAUCGACUUCCACACACUGGACGACCCCGACUCGCCCUCUGCGGAAGAGGGGCUCCGCCUGGUGAAGGCCAGCCAGACCGUGUUCUCAUCCUCAUCGCUGGUGGCCGGCACCUUCUACCAGCCGCUGCUGCUGAUGUUCCCCAAGGCCGUGCCGUUUGUGCAGUGGCUGGCAAGCACCCUGCCAGACAGGAAGCUGGUGCAGCUGUCUGAGGCUCGCAAGAUUAUCCGCAACGUCGGCUACAGCCUCAUCCAGAAUUGGCGCUCCGCCCACCCUGACCAGGCUGCGACCGGCGCCGACAAGGCUGCGCCGCCAGCCGUGGCCAAGGUGGAAGCCACGCUCGAGGAGCUCCAGGGGGAGGCCCCCGGCCUGCUGGUGCAGGCGGCCACGCACGCGGGCGCCCCCGAGGCUGCCGCUGAUGCCAACGGAUUUGUCAACGGCGUCGGCGCGGUCGAGGCCGCCAACGGGGACGACGCCACGUCAGCGGCACGCGACCAAGACGGCGCCGCGGCUGCGGCUGCGCAGCCGCAGGACAAGCCGCGGCCGCGGGGGGCAACGGAUGUGGAGCCAGGCAGCUUCCUGGGGCUGCUGCUGCGCGCGCGGGACCGGGCAAGCGGGGCGGCCAAGUUCUCAGACGCAUCCAUCACCGCACAGGCCUCCACCUUCAUCCUGGCCGGCUACGAGACCACGGCCAACGCGCUGUCCUAUGCGGUGUACAACAUCGCCCUCAGCCCCCGCGUCCAGGAGCGGCUCCAUGCGGAGAUCGACGCCUUUGGGCGCACCCGCCAGGCGAGCACGUGUGCGGCCGAAGGGCCACGAACGCACCCCGCGCCGGUUACGCACGCGGACCUGGGGGAGUUUCCCUAUGCAGAGGCGGUGGUCAAGGAGGCCCUGCGCCUGUACCCCCCGGCCACCCUCACGAGCCGCGUGGUGACCAAGCAGGAGGGCAUGACCCUCAUCCCGGGCGUCACCCUCAAGAAGGGCGCCAACCUCUUCACCGCGCCCUACUGCUAUCAGAGGGACGAGGCCUACUGGCCCCGCCCCCUGGAGUUUGCCCCCGAGCGCUUCCUGCCAGAGGGCUCCGCGCUGGCCCCCUCCACCGACGACGCGUGGACGCCGUUUGGCGCCGGGCCGCGCAUGUGCAUUGGGUGGAGGUUUGCGCUGAAUGAGGCCAAGAUUGCGCUGGUGCGGCUGCACCAGCGCUUCAGCUUCGAGCUGCGGCCCGGGCAGGUGCCUCUCAAGCUGCGCCAGGGCAUCACCCUCUCGCCGGCCGACGGCGUUUGGGUGCGCCCCAUCGCCCGCGGCCGCGGGGUCGAGCCGGUCAGCGUGCCACCGGCGGCAGCCGCGUGA